AUGGCGCCCACUCUCCCCGUCCACGGGCACGACAACAAGCCUUCGGAUCUUCGCAAGAGGAAGAAGCCAUCGCAGUCGGAGCUCAAGUUGCCGGAGAAGAAGAUGAAGGCGAUGCCCCAUGAGCAGCAGAUAGCCUCUCCGUCGCCCAAAAAUCAGAAGAAGCCGCCUCCUUUCCAGCGCACGUGGACCCCCAACGACGAGGUUCGCAUCCUCGAGGCCAUGGCGGCGCAUCGCCAGCAGCAUGGCAAGGUUCCUAUCGCCAGGGAGCUCCUCCCCACUCUCCACGGUCGCCUCGACACGAAGCGACUCACCCAUAAGAAGCUUGCCACCAAAUUACGCACCUUCACGUGCCGCCAUGUCAGAGAUGCCAAGAACGGUGCGCCAACGCAACCGCACGAGCGCCGUCUCUACGACCUCUCCAGGAAUGUCUGGGUGGGUCAAACCCAAGCGCCAAACCCAAGCGCAAACACCAGUGAGCACGAUGGGCUGCCUAGUGAAGGCAAGACGUUCGACAAAAUGCGCGACUCGUUCCCCAACCUCACUCAAGCGGUGAUGCUUCUUGUGGUUGUGGAUGCAAAACCUGCGGACUUGGAGGCAGCGCUCACGGCCAUUGAUGACAGCAAGGCUCAGGCGCUGGACUUGAAGGUCAGCAAGCUCAGGAAGGAGCUGACUGAGGCUAUCAUGGAAUCGGCAACGAUUCAAAGGACAGAAGGACCUAAAAUGUGGCCCUAUGCAUCCACCAAGCUUCGACCAGAGUUUGAAGCAAAAAUUGAGAAGAACAUUCAGCCAGAGCAUUUAGAUGAAGUGGAAAUCACCCAGGUGAAACUGGCAAGAAUGGAACAAGAAAUAUUAGAACUGAAACAUGGGUUUUUUACUUUUAAGUCUUGGCUAAUGGUUGAUAGUAAGAAACAACAAGACAAGUCAUCAGCAAAGGGUAUAAUAUGUGAAUCUUCUGAGAGUGGUCUUCAAUCAAUUGUAGCUGACAAUCAGAUUUUAUGCAAUACAUUGCAAGCGAAGAUGGUGGUUCAACGUAAAUUGCCUAGCGGGGAGACCAAGGAGGUUACCUCGAAGCAUCGGAAUCCACAGAAUCUGGUUCUCUUUCCUUUUUGAUGCUCUAUUAUGCG